AUGGCGGCGCCCAUAACAACCGUGUCCGAAACCCGCGAGGUUCGUGGCCUCAAUCUUAUUGCUGCCCAUUCUCAUAUCCGGGGCCUCGGUGUCGAUCUCGCGACCUUGGAACCUAGAGCCUCUUCCCAAGGCUUGAUCGGGCAAGAGAAGGCAAGGAAAGCGGCGGCGGUCAUACUCCAGAUGGUGAAAGAUGGCAAGAUCGCUGGAAGAGCAGUAUUGGUCGCUGGCCCCCCUAGCACGGGAAAAACUGCAAUCGCGAUGGCCAUGGCACAAUCCUUAGGGCCUGAUGUCCCCUUUACGAUGCUCGCGUCUUCCGAGAUCUUCUCCCUCGAAAUGUCCAAAACAGAGGCCUUGACCCAAGCAUUCCGCAAGUCCAUUGGAGUGAGGAUAAAGGAGGAAAGCGAGAUCAUUGAAGGCGAGGUCGUUGAAAUACAAAUAGACAGGAGUGUGUCAGGGGGCAACAAACAAGGCAAACUCACGAUCAAAACAACAGACAUGGAAACGGUCUAUGACAUGGGGACGAAAAUGAUUGACGCAAUGACCAAGGAGAGAGUCAUGGCUGGCGAUGUCAUCUCAAUCGAUAAAUCCUCGGGGAAGAUCACGAAGCUAGGGAGGUCAUACACGCGCUCACGGGACUACGAUGCAAUGGGUGCAGACACCAAGUUCGUGCAAUGUCCAGAGGGCGAACUGCAAGUACGGAAAGAGGUCGUCCACACCGUCAGCUUGCAUGAGAUCGAUGUCAUCAACUCGAGAACACAGGGUUUCCUGGCCCUCUUUUCCGGCGACACUGGUGAGAUACGGAGCGAAGUACGUGAUCAGAUCAACACCAAAGUUGGAGAAUGGAAGGAAGAAGGGAAGGCCGAGAUUAUCCCCGGUGUGUUGUUCAUUGACGAAGUGCACAUGCUUGACAUUGAGUGUUAUUCAUACAUCAACCGUGCCUUGGAAGCAGAUUUGGCCCCGAUCGUCAUCAUGGCAAGUAACCGAGGGAACACUCGGAUUCGAGGGACGACAUACAGCUCGCCGCAUGGCCUCCCAUUGGAUUUCCUGGACCGACUCGUCAUAAUCAGUACCCAGCCAUACUCCGCCGACGAAAUCUCUCAGAUCCUCGCCAUUCGUGCCCAGGAAGAAGAAGUUGACCUCUCGGCAGAUGCGCUCGCCCUUCUCACCAAGAUCGGCCAGGAGUCUGGACUGCGAUAUGCGAGCAAUAUUAUCACUACAUCGGCACUCCUAAGUCAGAAGCGGAAGGCGAAGGAGGUCAGCAUUGACGAUGUCCAAAGAAGCUACAGAUUAUUCUACGAUCCGACGAGAUCCAUCAAACUUGUGAAUGAUUUCGAGAAACAUUUCAUCAGCGACGCUGGCAAUGUUACUUUUGCGAUCAAUGGUACCAACGGGACGAACGGUGAUGCAAUGGACACAGCUUGA